AUGAGCAUCGAAAAAGUCAACUUCCCCAGCAAGGGCCUCAACAUCAUUGGCAACCUCUAUCAUCCAUCCACCUCCAACCGCAAAAAUGCAGCCAUCAUCGUCGUCCACCCCAUGACCUCCAUCAAAGAACAAUCUCCAACGACCUACGCCACCCGCCUCGCCGCAGCCGGAUUCUUCGUCCUCACCUACGAUGCCGCCUACCAGGGUGAAAGCGACGGCGAGCCCCGCGGCCUCGAAGACCCGUUUCAACGUGCGGAGGAGGUUAGAAGUGCCGUGACCUUCCUCUCGACUCGGGAUGAAGUCGAUGCGGACCGUAUUGGUGUUCUUGGGAUUUGUGCGGCGGGGGGAUAUGCCUGUUUUGCGGCGCAGACAGAUCUUCGUCUCAAGGCUGUUGCGGGUGUCAGUGCUGUCUGUUCUGGGGAGAUCAUGCGGACUGGGCUGAUUGAGAACUCGUCGGAUCGGGAUACACUUCUCCAGGGUCUUAAAGCAGCUGGAGAGGCACGCAUUGCAGAGGCAAGGGGUGAGCCAGUACAAGUCAAUCAGGCUCUACCAGCAACCCUGGAUGAUGUCCCUAAGGACGCGCCUCAUUUGUAUAAAGAGUUGGUGGACUACUACAAAACACCUCGGGGCCAGCAUUCCCGUGCACCCGGUAUCUAUGCGAUUACGAGUCUCAGCUACCUGGCCAACUACGACUCAUUCGCGUUCAACGAGAUGGUCUCACCCCGCCCAGUGUUGAUGAUUGCAGGAAGUGACUCUGCUACCAGGUAUUACAGUGAAAGGGCAAUGGAAAAGACCAGAGAGCCCAAGGAGCUGUUUAUCAUUAACGGACAGACCCAUGCUGGGUUGUACGAUGAUGCUUCAGUGUCUGGACCGAGGUUGGUGGACUUCUUUGGAUCUCAUUUGUCUGUUUAG